AAAUGUAGGAAGUAAAAAGUUGUCAAAAAAUACUCAAGUUCAGCACAGAAACCUGAAAAAUCUACUGAAAUACAGUCACAAAGUAUUUAUUCUUGGUUACUUCCCACCCCUGCACAGAUGUUAGCAACGUGCUGCUAUCCCCGCAGCAGAUUCUUUCCUCUGAGAAACCCUUGGAAAGAAAAAAAAAAAAAGGAAGAAAGAAAGAAGUUGGCAGCGCCGUUGCCAGGCAACUCAACCUUUUCCUGCUCUUCCUGCUUGAGAUAAUAGAACACAAAUGAGGCCAAACUUCAGCAAGAUGUGGAAAAAAACAACCACAUGAAAUGCACGCAGAGCGCACAGAGGGUUCUCAUGAUUCAGCUGGAGAAACCGGUGCUGACUGGGACCAUGCCGGUGGUCUGGCCCACCAUCCUUGACCUGGGCAGAGAUGAGUGCAAAAGGAUACUGCGCAAACUGGAGCUGGAGGCGUACGCCAGCGUCAUCAGCGCCCUGCGAGCCCAAGGAGACCUGACCAAGGACAAGAAAGAUCUGCUGGGAGAGCUUACCAAAAUCCUCGGCAUUUCAACCGAGCGUCACCGCGCCGAAGUCCGCCGGGCGGUCAAUGACGAGCGCCUCUGCACCAUCGCGUACCACAUGGCGGGUCAGAACAGCUCGUCCGAGUGGUCCAUCGAAGGCCGCCGGCUGGUCCCGCUGAUGCCGAGGCUGGUCCCGCAAACGGCGUUCACCGCUACGGCCAAUGCGGUCGCCAGCGCCGCCGCCACUCACAACGCCUCCUUGCUAUUGCCAGCUGAGACGGGCAACAAGGAAGUGGUAGUGUGUUAUUCCUACACAAGCACGACGGGCACAUCCACCAGCUCCACGGCAACCAGCUGUGCCGUGGGAACGGCCACCAAGUCCCCGCGGCCGCCCAGCCCGUCGUCCAGCGUGGUGGUGUUGCCCAGUGGGAGCACUGUCUAUGUGAAAAGCGUGAGCUGUUCCGACGAGGACGAGAAGCCACGCAAGCGACGCCGUACCAACUCGUCCAGCUCGUCGCCGGUGUUGCUGAAGGAGGUCGCCAAGGUGUCGCCACCCGUGGCCAAGCACAUGGCGGCGCCGCCGGUGGUGAGCGGCAGCCCCAAGAUGAGCAACAUCAUGCAGAGCAUCGCCAACUCGCUGCCGCCGCACCUGUCGCCCGUCAAGAUCACCUUCACCAAACCCACCAUCCAGACCACCAACACUGCCACCCAAAAGGUGAUCAUCGUGACGACGUCGCCCAGCUCCAACUUUGUCCCGAACAUCUUGUCCAAGUCUCACAACAACGCCGGCACGUCCAAGCAAGCCUCCAGCGCCAUUCUGACCACGCCCACCCAGAAGCAGACUGUGGUCUUCCCGGCAGCCAAUUCAAGCCCCUCGGCCGCGCCCGCCGUCACCAACGUGGUCUCCUCUACGCCCUCGGCCGUCAUGUCCACCGUGUCCAUGUGCACCUCCUCGGCAGGAGUCAAGGUGGCCUCGGCCAGGUUGCCCUCUCCGAAGACGCUGGUGGGCUCGACCACGCAGAUCCUGAGCCAGUUUCCCAAGCAGCAGUCGCCCAAACAGCUGCAAGCGUCCACCGUGGGGGCGUCUGGCGUGGGCCAGGCCCAGACCGUCGCUGCCGCCGCCACCUCGCCGGGCCCCAAGCCCACCAUUCAGAUCAAGCAAGAGUCUGGGUUGAAGAUCAUCACGCAGCAGGUCCAGCCCAGCAAAAUCCUGCCCAAGCCGUCGUCGGUGGCUCUGUCCAGCAGCAGCUCCUCCCCCAUCAUGGUGGUCAGCAGCAACGGAGCUAUCAUGACCACCAAGCUGGUCACUCAGCCCACAGCCACCCAGGCAACCUACACGCGGCCCACCGUCACUCCGAACCUUGGCGCCCGGAUCACAGCCUCGGCCGGGGGCGCCACCUACGUCAAGACCACGAGUGGCAGCAUCAUCACGGUGGUGCCCAAGUCCUUGGCCACGCUGGGGGGGAAGAUCAUCAGCAGCAACAUCGUGUCUGGCACCACCACAAAGAUCACCACCAUCCCCAUGUCGUCCAAACCCAACGUGAUUGUGGUCCAGAAAACCAGCGGCAAAGGGGCCACCAUCCAAGGGCUGCCGGGCAAGAACGUGGUCACCACGCUGUUGAACGCGGGGGUUGAGAAGAGCCUGCAGGCCGUCCCGGGGGCCAAGCCGGCCAUCAUCACCACCACCAGGCCCAUCACCAAGAUGAUCGUCACGCAGCCCAAAGGCCUGAGCGCCGCGUCCUCGUCCACUGCCACCAAGAUCAUCCCCACCAAGAUUGUCUACGGCCAGCAGGGCAAGACGCAGGUGCUCAUCAAGCCCAAGCCGGUGUUCCAAACGGCCGUGGUGAGCGAACAGACCCGGCAGCUGGUCACCGAGACCCUGCAGCAGGUGACCCGCUCGGCCGACGUGGGCCACAUUACGACUCAAGAAGGCUCUGCCAAGGACGAGUGCGGCGGCGCCAUGGAAACCGCCGGCUCGGCCGGCGAAACGUUGCACGGUAGGGAGGAACUCGUUCCUACAUGCGCCGUGUUUGUGGAGGAGGCAGAGUACUCACGCAGAAGUAUAGAUACUGAAACCCAGCCCGUGCUGCACGUGCUGUCCUCAAGAGAGAAAGAUUGGACAGAGCAGGAGGUGUCGGUGGAGUCGGCCCCGACCGUCAUCUACCAGGAGGUGACCGCCGGGGAAUCCCAGUCGGCCGCGUCCACCAUUAAAGCUCUGCUGGAGCUGCAGCAGACUUCAGUGAAGGAGAAGGGCGAGUCUAAACCCAUGCAGCACACCCACAUUGACCUCAGCCAGAUGGCGGUGCCCAUCCAGCUGGCGCAGGAAAAGAUGAUCAGCCCGGAAUCAUCCAGGCCGCCCAGCUCGGAGGCCGAAGCGGUCACUGCUGUCGCCGCCGAUGCCCUGGCGACAGGUAAAGUGAGCAGGGCGGGCGCGUUGGCAGAGGACGACGUGGCUGUGGCCGCGUCCUCCGCUAAUCCCCACAAAAUUGUCGGCCAGGUUACCCUGGUAACCAAGCCGGUCGCCGCCCCACCUGUAACCACGGUGACGCACAGCAGCCUCAAGCCUCCUGAUGGUAAAACCGAGUCGGCGCUGGAGGUGAGCGAGCUGGAAGGCGACACUCUGGACCCUCAGACGGGCUUGUUCUACCGCUCCACCAGCCAGACGGACGUCCCCAAGCAAGCCCCCCACGCCGCUCCUCAGCCCCCAGCUGCCAGCCAACCAGAGAGUUCCACUCUUUCUCCUCCUCUUCUUCCUCCUCCUGCUCCUCCUCCUCCACAACUGCAGAGUAAACCUCAGCUCAACCAGGCUCCUUCCUCAUCCUCUUCUUCCUCCUCGCCGGCCAAGAAGCUCCCCAAACUACGAGAGCAGAGUCAGGCCAAACCUCCGGGCGCCGGCGCCACGUCGCCCGUCACGCCGCAGCUGCCCAAACUGCAGCAGGCGCCCACGUCCCACCACAGGCCGCUGCACGCGCCCAUGUCGCACCCGCCGCCGCUGCAGGCGCACCACCCGGUCGGCGCCGACAAGGGCUUGCCAGGACAGCAGCCAAUCAUCACGCAGAGCGCCACCGUCACCAAGAUCACUUUCGGCAGCGCCCACCACCAGCCCGCCCACGUUCCGCCCGUCCUGAGCGGCAGCGAGGCCGAGCUGGCGGGAGAGUCUGGCUCGGGGCCCCGGGGCGACGAGACGUCCGUGUCGGACAUCCUGAAGAUUUCAAUGAUGGAGGCCCAAAUUGACCCCAGCACCGAGCCCAUGGUGGUGGACUCAUCCUCCGACCGGCCCCCCCUGCCCCAGGCCCUGCAGGCGCAGGCCGCCGCGGACACCGACCGGUUCGUCGGCAGCUCUGCGGUCACGGCGCAACAACAUUUUGGCAAUGAACGCCUGGAGGUCAUCGAGGUAAUCCCUCAGUACUCGAUCGUGCCGGACUCGAGCCAGUCCAACGUGGUGGUGGAGCCCAGCGGCUUCCUGGAGAUCACCAACUACACCAGCCAGCAGCUGGACGACGACGAGGGUGACGGCCCCGCCGACCACGAGGUGGACAGCGGCAACGACGCCGGCCCCCCGACGCCGUAGACCGGCCUAGAUGGUAUGCCCGACACCCACUUUGUUACGGAGCACGCCGGACUUUCUAGCCGCUUGCGUUUUAACUUUCUCUCACUGACUUUUUGUAGGAGGGACAAAAUAUCAAAAUAGUCUUUCAAAAGAAGGAAUAGAUGUAUUUUUUUUUUGUAAGAUACAAUACAACAAAUUCAUCUUUUGUUUCAACUUUUCCUUUUAUACCUUUUUCAAACUUGUCCACAGGAUUCGUGUUAUCUCCAGAAUAAAUGAUCUGCCUAGAAAAGGUUCUGUGUGUCACUUGAAGGGGAGUGAAGCAGUUUUCAACUUUUGAUUGAUGACUGAAGUGUCAAAAGCUAGUCCACCUAAAAUGUAUUCAGAUCUCCAAUUUACCCGUAGGAGAUAAACAAGAUUUUGCUCUGACACCGGGUAAAGAAAGCCAAGCAGCACAAGUUGCUGUAUUGAUGUUAAAGCCUGUUAUUCAUUGCAAACAUUUAUUAUCAUCAUCAUCCUUCUUAUUAUUAUUAUUACACAUUUAUGAUGCAAACAACACCACCAGCCUCGCUUUUGGAUUGCAGUCAGCACCUGCUCCUGGAAUGAAGAGACGCAAGGGAACUGAACGUGUGCGCGUGUUAAUAUGGUCCCCCCCUCCCCUGCAAAAAAGUAAUUUUGGCAUCUUUCUCCAUCUCUGCUAUAAUAAUCAUCGUAACUGUAAUCAUAAUAAAAGGGUGGUUAUAGCUGAAAAAGAACAAGGCAUGCAUAAUAGUGUGUGGUAAUGCACAUAAAGGAUACAACAUCAAUGUACCAUGUUUGUGUACAUUUCAUACAUUAUUAAUAUGGAGCCAUGAAGCUACUUUUUCAUG